AUGUCUCUCCUCCCCAAAAGCGACUCGAUUCAAAUCCGCGAGGUCUGGGCCGACAAUCUAGACGAAGAGCUCGACUUGAUCCGAGGAAUCGUGGACGAAUACCCUUACAUCGCCAUGGACACCGAAUUUCCCGGCAUUGUCCUCCGACCGGUCGGCAAUUUCAAAACCGCCAACGACUACCAUUACCAAACCCUAAAGGAAAACGUGAAUCUCCUCAAACUCAUCCAACUGGGCCUCACGUUUUCCGACGAGAAAGGCAAUCUCCCGACUUGCGGCACCACCACCAAACACUGCAUCUGGCAGUUCAACUUCCGCGAAUUCAACCCUAACGAGGAUGUCUUUGCAAACGACUCAAUCGAGCUCCUCAGCCAGAGUGGCAUCGAUCUGAAAAAAAACAACGAGAAGGGAAUCGAUGCUCGGCAUUUCGGGGAGCUUUUGAUGUCGUCCGGGAUUGUUUUGAAUGACAGCGUGUGUUGGGUGACUUUCCACAGUGGGUAUGAUUUCGGGUAUUUGAUAAAGCUGCUGACGUGUCAGGAUUUGCCUGAUGGGCAGGACGAGUUCUUUAACCUCAUCAGCGUGUAUUUUCCGGUGGUUUAUGAUAUAAAGCACUUGAUGAAGUUCUGCAAUAGCUUGCACGGUGGGCUGAACAAGCUGGCGGAGCUUUUGGAGGUGGAGAGAGUUGGGGUUUGCCAUCAGGCGGGUUCGGAUAGCCUGCUGACGUGUUGUACCUUUAUGAAGUUGAAGGAGAAUUUCUUUAGUGGGUCGCUGGAGAAGUACGCGGGCGUGUUGUAUGGCUUGGGAAUCGAGAAUGUGUAG